AUGUCUGCGGACACUAAUGUAGACAUGCCUGUUUUACAGAGAGAGAAACGUUCGCGAUUGGUAGUUCCUACGUAUACAGAUGUCUCCGGUGACGAACAGGAUGAUAUCUCCAGUACAGCCAGUACCAUUAUGGAAGACUCCUCCAUCCGUAGUGAAACUCCUCCAACACAGCGACGAUUUGGACGUGGGAAAAAUAAAAAUAAGCGAUGUAAACUUCAAUAUAAAUGUACAAAUUUUAUCAAGGAAGACCAUGGACAACCUCUGUUUGGACUUCAUAUUAACCAGUUUACGAAGGAAGGAGACCCAAUACUUUUUGCAACAGUUGGAUCAAACAGGGUAACAUUGUACGAGUGUUUAGAGGGAGGAAAGAUCAACUUACUACAAGCCUACAUGGACCCUCCUUGUGUGGACAGUGAGGAAAAUUUCUACUGCUGUACCUGGACAUUUGAGUCGACUACAGGACAGCCACUUCUAGCAGCAGCGGGUCUCAAAGGAAUCAUCCGUAUCAUCAGUCCUGUUACAAUGUCAUGUAUCAAGUAUUACAAAGGUCAUGGAAAUGCCAUCAAUGAGCUCAAAGUUCACCCCAGGGACCCCAAUAUGCUGAUGUCUGUAUCAAAAGAUCAUACAUUACGGAUUUGGAACCUGAAGACGGAUGUCAAUGUGGUGAUAUUUGGGGGAGUAGAUGGACAUAGAGAUGAAGUACUUAGUGCUGACUUCAACAUGGACGGUUCCAUUAUUGUGUCUUGUGGAAUGGACCAUUCAUUAAAGAUGUGGAAGACUGACCAUGAAUCCAUCCAAACUGCUCUCAAGGAAUCUUACAACUUUGUCCAAGGAAAAACAAAAUUUAAUACAGUUUUCCAGCAUUUUCCUGAUUUUUCUACACGAGAUGUCCAUAGAAAUUACGUGGAUUGUGUACGAUGGCUCGGAAGAUUUGUUUUGUCUAAGUCAUGUGAGAAUUGUAUUAUCUGCUGGAAGCCAGGACAACUGUGCGACACCGAUACUACUCUCAAAUCCAAAGAAAAUAAAGUGACGGUGGUACAUCGGUUUGAUUAUCGGGACUGUGACAUAUGGUACAUGAGAUUUGGUAUCGACUACUGGCAGAAGGUGAUUGCCCUUGGUAACCAGGUUGGGAGGAUAUAUGUGUGGGACAUCGAUACUGAGGAUCCUACAGCAGCCAGAUGUACAGUACUGAGUCAUAACAAGUGUUUUACAGCCAUUCGUCAGACAGCCUUCACAUUAGAUGGCAGUACACUCCUAGCAGUUACUGAUGAUGCCUCAAUAUGGCGCUGGGACCGAGUGAAAUACUGAACGAAAGGAAAAAAUCUUUGUUAUAUACCUAGAUCCAUGCAAUUUGAUAUUCAUAUUUGAAUGGUAUUGAAACUACAGCAUUUUUGAAAGAGGAAUAGAUGUUGAUUUAAACCAAGGCUGAUAUGAACAGUUAGGUUCAUAGAUAUACCAAUUCACAAAUAAGUUGUUUGUGUAAAGAAUACUAUACCCCGGGUAGUCAGAAAUAAGACAUGAGAAUUAUUACAAGACUUGUAGUGGAUAUAGAUCUGAUCUGAUAUAGAUUGAACAUGUAUAAAAUACUGUAAUUAGAAAUAAGACCAGGGAAUUAUUUCAUGUAUUGUAGCGGAUAUAGAUCUGAAAAUAUCAUUCUUAUGUUUUUUUGUCAUUAAAAAAACUUCUUUGAAGCAAGAAAAAAACAAAUCAGGUGCUGCACAUUGAAAGUUGUGGUCUUGUAGUUACCAUGGACAGAUGUACAUUUAAUUGGUAUAGUCUUUGUUAAUGAAAAUAAUGUUACGGUGCAAAAUGUGGUUUUUAUCCCAAUGAUAUUGGGUUUUAAUGAAAAAAGAUUAUAAGUUGUUCAAUUACUAGUUUACUUUUGAAAUGUAUGUUGAAUAAAAAGUGUUAAUGUACAAACAACAUAUUUGCCCAGGACAGGUACAUACAUUUUGUCAGUUGCAUCAUAGGAAAGACUUGGAUAAUAGAACAGGGACCAAUAUG